AUGCUCAGUGCAUUUAUCGCACUCAUGUGCUUUUUACCAUAUAUUACAGCUCAAAAUUCAACAAUAUUAUAUUCAAAAUCUCGAUGGCUACAAUUGCCACCAACUCCUAAACUCCCUCUUCAACUUAUUGGUCAAUAUGCUAAGAUCAAUGAUAUUGGGAUAUGGUAUACAAUCUACGGUUCAAACAAUGCUACUUCUCUGCUUUUUCUUCAUGGUGGCUUCGCUAAUAGUAAUUAUUGGGGAUUGCAAGUUGAAGAACUUAAAUCAUUUUAUCGAUGUAUAUUGAUGGAUUCUCGAGGACAAGGUCGAAGUUUUACAACAUCAACUGAUAUCACAUAUGAUCUGAUGACAUCUGAUGUUAUCGCUUUGCUGGAUUAUCUUAACAUUGAACGAGUACAUUUAGUUGGAUGGAGUGAUGGAGCAAUUAUUGGUCUUAACUUAGCAAUGAAUCAUCCGAAUAGAUUGAUCUCAUUGUUUGCAUUCGGAGCAAAUUAUGGUCCUACGGGUGUAAAAGAUGUUUCCACUUCACCUGUUUUCAUGACCUACCUCGAACGUACUAAAACUGAGUACGAAGCAAUGAAUCCAGUCAAUAACUAUUCGAAUUUAUACAAUAAUUUAACAUCAAUGUGGGCUAAAUUUCCAAAUUGGACUCAACAAGAUUUUACAAGAAUUGAUAAAAAGUUGUCGAUUUGGAUCGUCGAUGGUGACCAUGAAGAAGCUAUUUUUCGAAAUCAACCAGAUGAUAUGACUAGUUGGAUUCCACAAGCUAGCCAAUUAAUCUUACCAGGAACGAGUCACUUUGCGUUUAUCCAAGAUCCCGUAACUUUUACUAUGUUUGUGAAACGUUUUCUAGCUGAGAUCGAUUGUCCAAGUUGUACCGAUACGAUAUGGGUACCAUCAGUAGCUUCAAGCAUCUUUUGUUCAUUUUCGAUUUCAAUACAAUUCAACAAUUUAUUAUCUAUUCUCUGUCUAUGCAUGCACACAUGGCUGUCUCAUGUUUUUCUCAUUAUUUUAAUUUUGAUUAAUAUACAUGUUUGA